ACAAAAAGACCAGGGAUUUCUUCAGGUCGUUCAGCAUCAAGCCAUCAAGGCCUGAUUGCCAUUCUCUUCAGAAGGUCACUCAUACUGCAGACCCUGCAUUUAAUACAGGAAAGAGGCGGUUGCCAUAAUUCCUGCUUUCUCAUUCAGUCCCUCCUUUGGCCCCUUUUUUCCAAAUCUUGGCAUGUGCUCCUGAUCUUGUUUCUCCCUCCAUUUCAGCCUCUGCUUUCGAAAUUCCAACUACCUACCCAUUCCUAUGCGGCGCACUUCGGUAUCUCUGCCAACGAAGCACGUUGCCCACGACCCUCACGAGAAACGCGGCCGCUACCAAGUCGACCAGAGGGAGCCUGGAUUUCUGGCUAAUAUGCAUUCCGCCUGGAUGUCGCAGUCGCAGAGGGCGCGUUGGAUCAAGACUGGCGCAAUAGUGUUCGCCAUCUUCUUCCUCUUCUACUAUCUGUCGCCUUCGGGAGUCGAUAUUUACAAUGGCGAAUCGCCGUCAGGCAAUAUUGGCCAGGGCCAAUCACCGUCGGACUCGUCAUACGGCACCGAACGGUGCACGCGAUCCAGCUCGAGCGACAAGCCCAUCGUUCAAUAUGUCUUGAUGAUCGAUGCCGGCAGCACGGGAUCCAGAAUCCACGUCUACAAGUUCAACAACUGUGGCCCAACCCCCGAGCUGGAGAGCGAACUCUUCAAGCAGACCAAGAAGAUUGAAGGCAAGAGCAGUGGCCUUAGCGCAUAUGCCGACGACCCCGAGGCCGCGGCCAAGAGCCUGGACAUUCUGAUGGAGGAGGCGAUGAAGGCUGUGCCUGAUAAGCUGAAGGCCUGCAGUCCCGUUUCCGUCAAAGCGACGGCUGGCCUGCGUCUUAUCGGUCCCGCGAAGAGCGACAAGAUCCUGGAUGCUGUUCGACACCACCUCGAGACCAACUAUCCAUUCCCGGUCGUCUCUAAGGAGGAGCAUGGCAUCGAUAUCAUGGAUGGCUCCGACGAGGGUGUCUACGCCUGGAUCACAACCAACUAUCUCCUGGGCAAUAUCGGCGGGCCUGAAGAGAGCGAGACCGCCGCCGUCCUCGACCUUGGUGGAGGAUCCACGCAGAUCGUCUUCGAGCCGAGGCUCAAGGGACUUGCAUCUGGCGGUAUGCCUGAGAAGUUGGCUGACGGCGACCACAAGUACGAGCUUGACUUUGGCGGCAGAAAGUUCACGUUGUACCAGCACUCUCAUCUUAACUACGGCCUGAUGAGUGCCCGUGAUGCCAUCUUCUCCACCCUCGUCGAUGAGCUUCAUAAGGCGAAGGAGUCUGACCGGGCAUGGCUGGACGCAGCUGUCACAAACCCUUGCUUUUCGUCCGGCAUGACCAAGAAGGUGUCGGUGCGGAUGCCGGAGGACCACCCACUGGGGAAAAUCGUGGAGCUUAACAUGACGGGUCCUGCGACCCCUGCUCCAGCUCAAUGUCGGGCCCUCGCAGAGCGGAUUCUGAAGAAGGAGGCCGAGUGCAAGUUGGCGCCAUGCUCUUUCAACGGCAUCCAUCAGCCUUCCAUCGCUAAGACCUUUGCGAAGGAAGAUAUCUACUUCCUGUCUUACUUCUACGACCGGACGCAGCCCCUCGGCAUGCCGGAGUCGUUCACGCUCAGGGAGAUGCACGACCUGACGAGCACAGUCUGCAGCGGCGAGGCGGCUUGGGACGUCUUCAGCCACGUUCCCGGAGCUCUCGAGGAGCUGCGUGAUCGGCCUGAGCAUUGCAUGGAUCUCAACUUCAUGCUGGCUCUGACCCACACUGGAUAUGAGAUGCCGAUUGAGCGUGAAAUCAAGAUCGCGAAGCAGAUCAAGGACAACGAACUCGGCUGGUGCUUGGGUGCUAGCUUGCCGUUGUUGGCGAAGGGAUCCGGCUGGCAAUGCAAGAUCAGCGAGGUGCACUAAGUUGGAGAAGAAGAAGCAUGAAGAUUAGCGAGAUUCGGUUUGGGUUGUCCUUAAUCGGCGCUAGGUCUGGGACAUUGUGAGCUGCUGGUACGGUCAUCGGUGCUAAAAAGGCAGGCGAACUUAUAAUGAAGAGUCACGGGAAAGUGUAUGAAUAUUAGAAUAUUAGCAUAUUAACCCAGUAAUUAAAGCUUUUUCAGCUUGUCUUGUAUCUAGACGAUAAAGCGUCGCUUCAC